AACCUACUCACAUCUGUUGUUCGCUUUGCAUAGUUGAGCUGUCUGAUAGGACUUACAAUCCCCUAGAAUUGAAUACAGGCAAUCAAUUGCUUACAGUCACAGACUCGUUCUUCCUGUGGGUGUCUUGCCUUAGUAGAUCUACCACUUAUUGUUCCCUGUUACGGAUACCAUUCCCACUUGCGAAUGACGUAGCGCUCGAGCUGCCAGGAUACAGGUACAGACACAGAUAUACAUAGCAGACAGUUACCACGAAGCGUCGCCUCUUCCGUUGUCAAGAGCCGCCAAAGCAAUCAGAACCGCAUCGCAUCUUCUGCAGCACGCCCAAAGCUAACCUGUCGCAAGCUUGUGAUUAGCAGUGGUUAUUGGUGCUACUAAUUGCAUUGGCGUACUUGCCGACUCAGAAAGAGCUGUCAGUGACGACGCUUGGCCUGUUGUACGCAGGACAAGACAAGUUGUUCGCACCAUGGUCACACGAGGGCCAAAGCCCGACGACACACCUGCGAAUGCCAAUGCGCCUCCCACAAUCGACAUCUGGUCGCCGACAGACUCCGAGGACAGCGUGAAUGUUUGGGGGGACUUGGAUUCGACACGGCCGACUCGAAACGGCACAAACAGCCCCGUGCCUGCUCCCAUCCCACACGACGUUCCCGCACCACUGAGACCCGGCGCCUCACCGAAGAGCCCGAGUCCAAGCCCAUAUGACACGGGAGACGACAACCCUUGGGGAGAAGUGGGCGACGAAACAGGCAAGCCGAAGAUCACCCUCGAGCAUACACCUACAGUCCUGCGACCUGGCGGGAAGAUGGAAACCAAUCCCUUCAAGCGAAAGCCUGUCAAUAACGGUCCCAAAGGAUACAACCCUUCAACCUCGUCUCCAGGCGCUGUACCUGUACCCGUACCUGUACCGCCCACCGACGCCUUUUCGCAAUUAGAGGUUGUCGAGAAUGAGCAAAACACGAAUCCCUGGGAACCAGUCAUCGACGAGUCCACAACGACUGCUGCCCCUGCGCCAAUGCCACCUAUCAGUAAUCAGAACACCGGCAGUGAUGUAUGGGGCUCGACUUACACGCCGAAGCCUACCACAACUAUACCAGGGAGCUCGCCAAAGCCAGUUUCACUCCUGUCAGAGGGAGAGUCACCUGCAUGGGAUGAGGUGGAAAGCGCAAAGCCGUCUCUGGGGCCAAUGCCUGGGAGAUCGACAGAAGCUAAUGAGUUCUCACAAGAUGCACAUGCCUGGGAUGAUCUUGCAACUCUCGACAAGGGAAAGGCGCCCGCUGCGAGUCAGCCUCAGGGACACACCAACAUUCCGGAUGGCUGGAACCUAAUCGACAAAGAUCCAUCACCAGUUGCGCCAAGUCUUUCCAGAAAGAGUACGUGGGAGAACUUCGAUGAUAAUGAUGACCAGCCAAAAGACGAUACUUCGAAGGCACCAGUGGUGCCAACCACGAACACACCGGAGGCCGAAGCUUCAGAAGAACCGCCCGCACUACCUCCAAGGCGGUCUUUAGACCCGCCUCCUCCUCAGCCUCCCCGACCGAGCACACCCAGUGCAGCCAACAAGACUGAAACCUAUCAAAUCAAAAACAUCCAUUGGUUUGAUGCCAAUGUCUCGCAAAACCCUCGACGGUCGCCUAUCUUGGUACAGAAUGCCAACGGCCCCUGCCCUCUGGUCGCACUUGUCAAUGCAUUGACUUUAACGACUCCUGCCGAUCUAUCUAACACUGUUCUGGUGGAGACACUAAGAUCAAGAGAACAGAUCAGUCUCAAUUUGUUGCUCGAAGCAGUAUUCGAUGAGCUCAUGUCGCCUAGAAGAACGCAAUCAGAUGCUGCAUUGCCCGACGUAACCGAAUUAUAUGCUUUCCUCAAGGGCCUGCAUACUGGCAUGAAUGUCAACCCUCGAUAUGUACCCACGCAAGAGCUCAUCACCGCCCACAAGCGAACCUCAACUCAUCAGCACCCCUCGGAACGUGGUGAUUUUAUUCCAGGAACUUUCGAAGAUACACGUGACAUGAGGUUGUACGCGACUUUCUCCAUUCCUCUGAUCCACGGUUGGCUUCCACCAAAGGAAGAUCCGGCAUAUGAAGCAUUUGCUAGGCAGGCUGCGUCUUAUGAUGAUGCACAGAACCUCAUGUUCAGAGAGGAAGAACUCGAAGACAAACUAAGCACUUCUGGCGCUGGUCUCACCGAGCAAGAACAACAGAUUUACCAGGAUAUAAUAACUAUCAGAGGAUGGCUCAACAGUUCCGCCACGCAACUCACUCAAUGGGGCCUUCAAGUAAUUACGAAAGGUAUCCAGCCAGGCACAUUCGCCAUCUUGUUCCGCAACGAUCACUUUUCUACCCUGUACAGACACCCACAGACACAACAGCUCUUCACGCUGGUUACCGAUGCUGGCUAUUAUACACAUGAUGAAAUCGUAUGGGAAUCUCUCGUUGACGUUAACGGCGAACGAACUGAGUUCUUCUCUGGCGACUUCAGGCUGGUCGGUGGUCCGCAACAGGAGGCUCCUCGAGACGUUCCGGGCGCCUGGUAUACCGAUGAAGAUUCAUCUGCUCACGGCGGGCAAUGGCAAGCAGUUCAGAAUAGGCGCGGACGUACUAGCAACAGCGAACCUGAGCCUCCUGCUUCGCCAAUGUCAGCAAACCACGAACAAGAGGAUCGUGAUCUUGCACUUGCUCUUCAACUACAGGAAGAGGAGGAUGAGCGGCAUAGGAACGAGCAAGCUGCUCGCGAGCGUGAAAGUCAGUUAUCAGAACAUUUCAUCGAGCAGCAGGGUCGGGGUACUACCGCCCGAACCGGCCCACGUGGUCGGGGAGGCGGCCGGGGUGGGCUGAUUCCAGCCCGCGCAAGCUCGACCUCCAUCAAUGCUCCAGUCCGCACCAGCUCGACCUCCAUCAAUGUUCCAGUCCGCGGUGGUAGUACUACAGCCCGAGGCGGACGUCCCGUCCAGCAAGUUCGACCUCUAGUACCACCGGCUAAUACAACACAUCGGCCCGCAAAUGCUGCGGAUGAUGAUGCGCCACCGUCUUACGAACAAGCGAGCAAAGAUGAGCUGUAUGUGCCACCAAGUGGUCAUCCUAACCAUUCUUCGAGCAGCCCCGGUGGCGCUACUGACGCAAGAAGAAGACCGACACUUCCGGGCAGUGGGCCAUCACAGCCCGUGACAGCUCAAGCUGGGCCUAGCACGCCGAUAGGAAUGGGCCGAGGUCGUCCGGUAAUAGGUCAUCAGCAGAGCGCGUCUGCUGGUAGGGACAAAGAUUGCGCUGUGAUGUGAUUGUAGAUAAGAUUGAACUAGAAGAUCACGUCUCAUGAUCCCGGCUUUUGCAUAGUUGGAAUGGGUAGCCGGCGCUCUAGCGGAUAUAGGUUUUUCGGGUGCUCAGGCGUGCACGGGAGUUUGGGAACUUUCCAGGCACGAAUCUGCAGGUCAUCAUUGUUACGAGAUUCUUUUCUUUUCUUUUCUUAGAAUUGCUCCUAGUUCAAUAUGACUUUGAGCAAGAGCAGCUGAGAACUAUUUCAUUUUAAGCGAGUGCAAUCCGAUCUGUUGAUACACAGUGUAACAAAGUAAUCCAAAUCAGUCCCACUCUCAAUACACUAGAGAACGUUCUCCUUGGUAA